AUGAACCUGGCUAUACCUCCAAGAUUCAAGAGCACCAGAAUACCUCCGUACGACGGAAGUCAGGACCCAGAAGCCCAUUUAGCGGCUUUCAAGAUCGAAAUGUUGUUCAACGGGAUCACUGGACCUAUUAAGGCCAGAAUCUUUGAGACAACAUUGACUGGUCAGGCGAUGACCUGGAUAAGCAGGCUCACCAGGAAAUUAAUCGACUCGUUUGAUGACCUAGCCCGGACUUUUCGACUGAACUUUGCAACAAGCAAGGUGCAUCAAAUGCCGCCCUACACUCUGGGAAGAAUUCGACAGAAAGAGAAUGAAUCGCUGAGGAAGUACCUCGACAGGUUCAAGGAUGCUUCCCUCAAGGUCCGAGGUUUAACUGAAGCGGUGCACCUUCACUUAAUCAUCUCAGGAUUAGAUGGUGACUCUCCACUUGCGAGAUCAAUCUAUAAGAACCCGGUGAAUGAUCUGGAGGAGUUCCGACGAAGGUCGGAUAAAUACAUUGAUGUGGAAGAUAUGCAAAAGGUCUACGUCGAGUCUCGAGGACGAAAUCCGACACGUCGGAGCCCGAGUAAGAAAAAUAACAAAGAACGGGACCAGAAAGGAUCCAAAAAAGGGAAGGAUUCUCACGAUAAGCGGUCGGACGAUCGAUCUCCAAGAAGGAAGUAUGAUGAUUACACACCCCUGAACAUGUCCAGAUCCAGGAUAUGGAAAGAGGUGGCCCAGACCGAGAUGCGCAACGUCGAGAGACCUCGCCCACUCAAAGCCAAGAGCGGGAUAGACAGAAACAAAUACUGCGCUUUCCAUGAUCAAAACGGUCACAUCACGGAUGACUGCUGGGACCUUCGAGAUGCUAUUGAAGAGCACGUCAGAGAUGGGAAGUUGAAGCAAUAUAUCAUCCGAACACAGGGAAAGAAAAAUAAUAAGCGACGACAAAGAAGCCGAAGCAGAAGUCGAAGCCUGAAGUGA